GAGACGUAGGAUGGUGGCGUGCGCGGGCGCGCGGCGUGCCGACGGGGCCGGGGCUACUCCUCCGCCCCCGUACGAUGGCCGCAUUUAAGCCCCCCGGCCGCGGUCGCUUGCCGUCGCCCUUCUCCCCACAGCAGCGUCGCGGCGACGCCAUGUACGUGACCAGAGACCACCGGUCGGGCGAGGGCCGUCUCUUUUUCAUUCCCUCUCGCUUUCUCCACCCCCGUCCCCGCGUCGCAUUCGAGUGCCCGCUCAUUAGCCGCCACCUACUACUAGUUGCUUGGCGCUGAGACUCUGAUCCCUUUCCGUUUCUGUUCGGUAUUCUCGGUUGUCCCUUCGACCUUGGAGGCUGCAGCAAUGGCGGCUCCCCGUGGAAGGUCGGCUCCGGCAUGUGUUCUUCUUCCCCUCCUCCUCGGCUUCGUGCUUCUGCUGCAGGGAGCUCCGUCGCAAGCCGGCGACACCGUCGCCGCCGGCCGGCCGCUGUCCGGCGGGGACAGCCUGGUGUCCAAGCGUGGCAAGUUCAGGCUCGGCUUCUUCCAGCCAGACAACUCGUCAGAUCAUUGGUACCUGGGCAUCUGGUACAACCAAAUCUCGUUGCACACCACGGUGUGGGUGGCGAACCGGGAGGCGGCGAUCACCGACCCGGCGUCCUCCCAGCUUUCCAUCGCGAGCGACGGCAACAUGGUCAUCCUGGAUCACCGGAGGUCCACCGUCUGGUCAACCAACGUGACCGGCGUCGUCGCCUCCAACUCCACUACGGUGGGCGUCAUCCUCGACACCGGCAACCUCGUGCUGGCGGACGCGUCCAACACCUCCGCCGUGCGGUGGCAGAGCUUCGACCACUUCGGCGACACGUGGCUCCCCGGCGGGAAGCUCGGCCGGAACAAGCGAACCGGCGAGGUCACGCAACUCGUCGCGUGGAAGGGCUACAACGACCCGUCGCCGAGCCCGUUCUCGCUCGAGCUCGACCCUGGCGGCUCCAGCCAGUACCUGCUCAAAUGGAACGGCGGCGAGCAGUACUGGAGCAGCGGCAACUGGACGGGCCACGCGUUCACCGCCGUGCCGGAGAUGACGCCCACCGACGCGUCGCCGCUGUCCAAGUACACCUUCGGCUACGUCGACGGCGCCGACGAGAGCUACUUCGUCUACGACGUCACCGACGAGUCCGUGGUCACGCGGUUCCUCUUCGACGUCACGGGGCAGAUCAAGUUCCUGACGUGGGUGGAGGCCGCCAAGGAGUGGAUGCUCUUCUGGUCGGAGCCCAAGAAGCAGUGUGACGUCUACGCCGUCUGCGGGCCCUUCGGCGUCUGCACCGAGAACGCCCUGCCGUCCUGCAGCUGCCCCCGGGGAUUCAGCCAGCGGCGGCCCGGCGAGUGGCUGCAGAACGACCACACCGCCGGCUGCGCCAGGAACGCCGGCCUCGCAUGCAGCGAUCGAGACGGGCAGCACCAGAAGAACAGCAAGAACGACGACGACAGGUUCUACACGAUGGACGACGCGAGGCUGCCGAGCAGCGCGCGGAGCGCGGCGGCGGCGAGUGCUCGUGACUGCGAGCUCGCGUGCCUCGGCAACUGCUCCUGCACCGCGUACUCUUACACUGGCGGCGGCGGCUGCUCGCUGUGGUACGGGGACCUCAUCAACCUCCAAGACACGACGGCCAGCGGUGGCGGCAGCAGCAUCUCGAUCCGUCUGGCGGCGUCCGAGUUCUCAGGCACCGGGAACGCCAGGAAGCUGGUCAUCGGGCUCGCCGCCGCGGGGUCCGUCGCCGCGGUCGCCGCCAUCGUUCUGGCCACAAUCCUCAUCCUGAGAAGCAGAAGGAUCAAGUCGCUGAGGAGAGUCGAAGGAUCCCUCAUGGCGUUCACGUACCGCGACUUGCAAUUCGUGACCAAGAACUUCACCGAGAAGCUCGGCGGCGGCGCGUUCGGGUCGGUGUUCAAAGGUUCUCUGCCUGACGCGACGCCCGUCGCGGUCAAGAAGCUUGAAGGCGUUCGGCAGGGGGAGAAGCAGUUCCGCGCCGAGGUGAGCACGAUCGGCACGAUCCAGCACGUGAACCUGAUCAGGCUGCUGGGGUUCUGCUCCGAGAGGACGAGGCGGCUGCUCGUCUACGAGCACAUGCCCAGGGGCUCCCUGGACAGGCACCUGUUCGGGGCUAGCAGCCAGGGCGGCGUCCUGAGCUGGGAGACGAGGUACCAGAUCGCCCUGGGGAUCGCGAGGGGCCUGGAGUACCUGCACGACAAGUGCCGGGACUGCAUCAUCCACUGCGACAUCAAGCCGGAGAACAUCCUCCUGGACGAGGCGUUCGUGCCCAAGGUGGCCGACUUCGGGCUCGCCAAGCUCAUGGGCCGCGAUUUCAGCCGCGUGCUCACCACGGUGCGGGGCACGGUGGGGUACCUGGCGCCGGAGUGGAUCGGCGGCGCGGCCGUCACCACCAAGGCCGACGUGUUCAGCUACGGCAUGAUGCUGUUCGAGAUCGUCUCGGGCCGGAGGAACGUCGGGCAGCGCGGCGACGGUGCCGUGGACUUCUUCCCGGCGACGGCGGUGGGCAUGCUCCUCGACGGCGACUUGAGGGGCGCGGUGGACUGCCGGAUCGCCGGCGAGGCGGACGUCGCCGAGGUGGAGAGGGCAUGCAAGGUGGCGUGCUGGUGCGUGCAGGACGCCGAGAGCCUGCGGCCGAGCAUGGGGAUGGUGGUGCAGGUCCUGGAGGGGCUCGUCGACGUCGACGUCCCGCCCAUCCCGAAGUCGCUCAAGGUGCUCGCCGAUCCGGCCAAGUACGUCGAGUUCUUCUCAGGGUUGCCGUCGACCUGAGAUUCACUGCUAGCGGCACGAACUUAGCAGUAGUGUGUGUGUGUGUGUGUGUGUGUCAAGAGGCUGUACUCCUGACACGAAGCUUGUAGUAGAAUACUAGUACUGCACAGAGCCAAGAAAAAUUUCCAGAGAAGUGCUUUAGUAUUGUACGAUUAUUAACCACAUAGAAUAUAUUCUGAAAUGUAUCGAAA